AUGUGGCUCUCUGAUGUUUUUCUCAGUUUGGACCUCGAUUUUAUCUUUCUAUUGAUUUUGCUGUUCCUCCUCAUAACAGACUACCUCAACAACAGAAAGCCUCUAAAUUAUCCUCCUGGACCAUUGGCUCUUCCAUUUGUGGGGAAUAUCCUAAGUGUGGACAAUAAAAAUCCACUAAGGCAGCUGGCUGAGGACUAUGGGAACGUGUUCAGUGUCCGUCUUGGCAGGGAACGGUGGGUGGUUGUGUGUGGAUACAAGAUGGUGAAGGAGACCUUAGUGACACAAGUUGACAACUUUGUGGAUCGACCACACAGCGCAAUUGCUGACAGGUUUAACAAAGAACCGUCUGCAUGCUGGCGUUUAGGUGUUUUUUUUACAACCAACGGUGAGAUGUGGAAGAGACAGCGGCGUUUCGCCCUUUCUACCUUACGCACCUUUGGUGUGGGCAAAAGAAACCUGGAGCAGAGCAUCUGUGAGGAGAUCCGACACCUGCAGGAGGAGAUUGAGAAGGAGAAAGGUCAAGCAUUUUCUCCAGCAGGCGUCUUCAACAACGCUGUGUCCAACAUCAUUUGCCAGCUGGUGAUGGGAAAACGGUUCGACUACAAUGACUAUAACUUUCAGAUCAUGCUAAAAUACAUAUCGGAGGCACUUCGGCUAGAGGGCUCUAUAUGGGGUCUACUUUAUCUGUCAUUCCCCGCAGUGAUGAAACACUUACCAGGUCCUCACAACAAAAUCUUCAGCAGCUACAACAGUGUUCUAGACUUCUUCAGUCAGGAGAUAGAGAGACACAAGAAGGACCUGGACCACAGCCAUCCCCGGGACUACAUCGAUGCUUUCCUCACUGAAAUGCAGACUCACAAAGAGCCUGGUGUGAGUUUCACUGAGUCCAACCUGGCUCUGUGCUGUCUGGAUCUGUUCCUGGCUGGAACAGAGACGACCGCCACCACGUUGCAGUGGGCUUUGAUUUACCUCAUCAACAACCCAGAUAUCCAGAAAAACAUCCAGGCAGAGAUCGACAGAGUGAUUGGACAGAACCGUCUACCCACCAUGGCUGACAGACCCAACCUGCCCUACACUGACGCUGUCAUCCAUGAGGUCCAGAGGAUGGGAAACAUCGUUCCUCUGAAUGGACUCAGAGUAGCUGCCAAGGGCACAACGCUGGAUGGUUACUUCAUACCCAAGGGAACGUCUGUGAUGCCCAACCUGACCUCGGUGCUGUUUGACCCGACUGAAUGGGAGACUCCAGACACCUUCAACCCCGGACACUUCCUGGAUGCUGAGGGCAGGUUUGUGAGGAGAGAAGCAUUUCUGCCUUUCUCUGCAGGGAAGCGUGCGUGUCUGGGAGAGGGCCUGGCCAGAAUGGAGCUCUUUUUGUUUUUUGUGGGUUUGUUCCAGAGGUUCUGUUUUUCCACGGUGGACGGAGUGGAGCUGAGAACAGAGGGAAUCAUAGGAGCCACACGGACGCCGUUCCCCUUUCACAUCUACGCUAAGGCUCGCUGA